AUGAUUGCACAGGCGGGAGACUUUCCUAAUCCAGCACCAGGGUUCACCAAAUUUCUUUUACUUUUUAAUUACGACCACAACUUCUCAGCAGCCAAAUAUCUCGGCUUCGUUGUCUUCCACGCAGGCGAGUCAAUCUUACCAAGUAUUUCAGCAAUGGACGUACCCGGCUUUGCACUGGUGACCGGCGCAGCGUCUGGAAUUGGCAGAGCAUGCGCCAACACAUUCGCUCAGGAUGGAGCCGCGGGCAUUGCUCUCUUCGAUGUCAACACCGAAGCACUAGCGGCCGUCAAGGCUGAAAUCGACGAGAAGCAGUACAACUCCAACGGGCAGCCGUGCCAAGUGAUAGUUCACCAGGUGGACGUGUCUAGCGAGGCACAGGUGACUAGAGCCGUCAAGGCCGUGGCAGAAGAAUUCGGUCGACUAGAUUAUGUUGCAAAUGCUGCUGGUAUUGCGAUGAAGCAUGAAGGCGGUGCGGCGUUUGCUCAUCUCAGCGACUGGCACCGCAUUCUCGAUAUCAAUCUCACCGGAUCUCUUAUCAUCCUCAAGGCCGCGGCGCAGAUCAUGUUGAAGCAAGAGCCGAUACUUUCAUCUAUUGACGGGCGCCCGCUUCAGAAGGGCUCGAUCGUGCUUUUCGGAUCCAUACAGUCAGUUGCUGGUAUUCCUUUAUCGACGGCGUAUGCUGCGUCGAAAGCUGGUGUACUGGGCUUGACGCGGUCUGCAUCUGAAGACUACGCAAAGGAGGGAUUACGAAUCAACGCAGUCUGCCCUGGUUAUACAGAAACGCCCUUGACCACAAAAAACCCUGGAGUCUUCAAGGCAAUGGAGGAGAGAGUUUUGACUGCUGUACCAAUGAUGCGAGUGGGCAAACCUCAGGAGAUCGCUGACGGUGUGGUCUAUCUUGCUGGUGGAAGAAGUUCUUUUGUCACUGGCACUGCACUCAUGGUUGACGGUGGAUAUACUGAGAGGUAG